AUGAACUUAAACCAACUAGAACAAGUAGCUAGUGUUGGUUCUCAGCUGAAACUAGCUAGUGUUCAACUUCAAUGUUCAUCUCUUGAUUUGGAACUGGUUAUGAGAAAGUUGCUCAUUUUACAUUACAGGAAUAUUGAUGACGUGGACCAGACAAUGGAUGAGAUCAACGAGCAGACCGAUAAUUUAAGACAGAUACAAGAGGCACUAGCUUCUCCUAUUGGUGGUGCAGCUGAUUUUGACGAGGAUGAAUUGGAAGUCGAGCUUGAAGAACUUGAAGGAGCUGAGUUGGAAGAACAACUUCUGCAGCCAGCUAUCACUGCCCCUAUAGCACCAAUUAAGGCCAUCCGAACUUAA